AUUUUCUGAUCGAUCGACAAGUUAUUUCCCAUUACCCAGCUGUGGAAAUAGGUCACACACACUGGCUGGGUCUUGAGUGUGUGUUUGUGUACGUGCGUGCAUGUGCAGAUGAGAUGUUAGUUAGCCCGCAGCAGGCCCCGCCUCCUCGGGGAACCUCCCACCAAUCAGCUCGGUGCUGAGGCGGGACCCGGACUCUGAUGCGCUGGCAACAGGUUGCUCUGGUCGCGGGGGUGAAUCUGCCCCAUGUCCUCAGUUUGUGGAGGAGCACUCAUCUCAUCCAGCCUCGACUCCGAGCAGGGAACCCGAUCCUCCUCCUCUUCCUCCCGCUGCGAGGACUCACACUGAACCUCUGACCGAGCAGGGAGGGGUAUUCCUGGAUCUGGAUUAUCUGCAGGCCGGUGAUCAUGAGCACUCUCUCCACUGACAGGAAGCCGCUCGUGGAUUACGGCGUUCAGAUCCGCUUCAUCAAAGACCUCGACGACACAGGCGGGGGUUAUGCCGACAAAUCCAGAGGGACCAACGGUGCCACUCCUAAUACCAAUAAGUACGGGGUGGCGGUGCGGGUGCAGGGAAUCUCUGGUCAGCCCUAUGUGGUCCUGAAGGAUGGCGAUAAAGGUGACUCGUAUGGAGUUCAGCUAAACACUCCCAGCUCUAGCUCUGGGUCGCCAUCACCUUACAACAGCCUCCCCAAGGCUAAUAAGGAACCAGCAGAAUUCACGAACCCCUACGUCCCCGCUGCAAACACCGCUCGCUCCCCUGCUUCUCCAGCGGAGGACGAGGACGGGGAGAUUUUUGGAAGUCCUCUCAAGCGACCUCCGGGGGACGGUCAAGCAGGAACACACGGGGAGGAGGAAGGUGCAGCUGGAAAACAAGGGCGGGUCGAGAAGCAGAAAGCCGAACCCCAUCUCAAAGCAACAGCCAGUGAAGUAGAGAACAACAGAGAUUAUACGGACGAGUAUAACGAAGCAGGGCUGAAACCGGUCAAAUUAAAUGGCGUCGGACCCAGAGGGUACCAUCCGACUAAAUCUGGUUUCACCGGCUCUUUGGGGAGGUACAGUGGGAAAAAGCACAUCCCGUUUUCCCCUUCAAUGUCGCUCCCAGCAGCACCAGCAGCACCAGCACCAGCACUACCCAAUGAGGAGCCUCUCCCGGCCAUUGUCACCGACUCCCUGGCUCCUAUCAACAAGCUCAUCAGUAAGUUUAACAGUGGGACGCCGGGCGGCGCCCCGCAGGCCCGAGGCCGCUCCGGAGCAAGGCAGCGGCUGAAGUUUGACGAGCGAAAACGAUCCAGAAGUCUUGACGCUAGAAAGGAUGUCCAGUCGGAGGUUUCUCUGUCCUCUCCUACAUCUCCCAUCUCUCAGACUCUGAAUCCCUACAGCUCUCCCAUCUCUCAGACUCUGAAUCCCUAUGCUGCUCCUCUGUCUUCCUCCUCCAACUCGCUGCUGUCACAGGCCCCAGGGCCCAGCAGCCUGGGAAGAGGCCCUGCAUCCGUCACCAAGGUGUCGGCACUCGAGGCUCCCAGGCCCGACUUCAGGUCUCCGGGGAAGCUCGUUGCUAAGAACUACCCUCCAUCUAUAGCUAAAAAGCCUGAGAUUCCUCCGAGGAGUAAAAGCACAGAGGUCCUUAGUGGGGAAGAGGCUCAGGUCAAGCAGUCUAUUUUUAACCACCUUAAAGACAGCAACAGUGAGAGCGAGGGAUCCCUCAAAAGAAAGGUCAACGCGGAUCAUGAGACAAAUGGCAUUUUUAAGAAUGGAGGUUAUGAUGGGAGACCACAAAAGGCAAAUCUCGAGGAACUUCAGGAGCAACUCAAUAGAUGCAAGAAAGAACUGCAGCAGGCCUAUGAUGAACUGGCCGAGGAGCGUAUGGCCAGAGAGGGUGCAGAGACUCGUCUACGUGUACAGGAAGAUCUGCUGGCUGAGCUUCAGGAGGAUCUGAGGAGGGUUUCAGAGAACUCCCCUUAUUCCGGCUCAUUACACACGGAUGUGGUGACUCUGCAGGCUGACCUGGCCGAGGCGGCCAUGUUGCGUCAGCGGCAGGAGGACACGCUCCACCAGCGGGAGCGGGAGCUGACGGCGCUGAAGGGCGCGCUGAAGGAGGAGGUCGAGUGUCACGACAAAGAGAUGGAGAUCCUCCGGGAGCAGUACAGCCGGGACAUGGCCAACCUGAGAAGAACCAUGGAGCAGGUGACACAGUCCCAGGAGCAGAUCGAGGAGGAGAGGGAGAGGGUGAACGCCUCCAUGUUUACCCUGGAGGACGAGCUGGAGAGCUGCAGAGAAGAGGGCGAGGAGUGGAAGACGCAGCUGGAGGUCACCACACAGGAGCUGCACAAAACCAGAGAAGACCUGCAAAAAUCCUGUUCGGAGAGGGAAGCCUUUGAGAGCAAGCUUAAGGAUCUGCAGGAUUCACUCAUCGACAUGAAGAAACAAGGGCCUGGCUCUGAUGAUAACCGCUCUGUGGCCGAGGAGCUCCAGCGUUGCCAUGAGGAUCUCAAGCGGACUCGCGCCGAUCUCGACAAACAAAAGGCUUCGUUGGACGAGAAGAGCAAAGCACUUCAGGCCCUGAAGAAGGCGAGCGGCGAGAAAGAGGCCGGGCUUCUGUCUGAAAUCGGCAGGAUGAAGGAGCAGUCGCAGAAAGACAAGAGCGAGCUGGAAAAGGCGCUCGACAAGGCGAAGGAGGCGUCGGCUGGAAAGACUGUGGUGGACCAGGGAGCCAACAUGGAGCUGCAGGAAGCCAACGCUCGCCUCAGAGAGAGGCUGGCACGCAUGACGAGGCUUCACUCCAGUGUGUCCCUGAGCUCGGACACAGACGAGGCGGUGGAGGCUCUGGAGGACGAGAACCGUUCCCUGAAGUCUCAGCUGGAGGAGGCCAAGCGAGGAGCCAGCCGCGUGAGCAAGGAGAGGGACGAGCUGACCCGGCGGCUGGAGGAGAGAGACCUGGAGAGGGAGGCGCUGCGGCGGGGCAAGAGCGACCUGGAGGAGCAGAAGAGGCUGCUGGACCGGGCCCUGGAGAAGAUCAACAAAGAGAUGGAGAUGAUGAUGGGAGAUUCCCGUCAGUCCGUGAUCGCCCUGCAGACGCAGCUCGAGGACUACAGGGAGCGCUCGAGGAAGGACCUGCUGGAGGCGCAGCGCAACUGCAAGGAGCGACUGGCCGAGCUGCAGAGAAGCCAGAACAACCUGAAGGCCCAGCAGGAAGAGGUUUCCCGCCUGAAGAAGGAGCUGCUGGCAUGUAGCGAGGAGCGAGACAGCGCCCAGCUGGAGAGAGACCUCCUCAGUAACCGGCUCAAACACCUGGACAGUGAACUGGAGUCAGAGAAGAGCACCCACACCGAUCGCACCAGGGAGAUCAGGGGCCUGGAGGAUAAAAUAAAGUUGCUGGAGAUCGAGCUGGACGAGGAGCGGAGCAGCGUGGAGGUUCUCAACGACCGUAUCACACGCAGCAGAGAUCAGGUGGAUCAGCUUCGCUCGGAGCUGAUGCAGGAGCGUUCGGCGAGACACGACCUGGAGAUGGACAAGAGCGCAAUAGAGAGACAGAUGAAGGAGCUGAAGUCUCGUAUGGCCGACAUGGAGGGACAGCCUCGGCCCACAGCUGGACUCAGCCUGCUGGAAAACAAAAUUCAGGAGUUAGAGGAGAGACUUCGCAGUGAAGAACGAGAGAAGGCCAGUAUCCAGGCCUCUCAGAGACGGAUGGAGAGGAAACUGAAGGAGCUGAACGCCACGUUAGACCAGGAGAGGAUCCAUCAUGUCGAGCAGAGAGAUCAGCUGACUCUGCGCGUGAAGGCCCUGAAGCGGCAGUUCGACGAGAGCGAAGGGGAGGUGGAGCGCCUGGAGGUGGUGCGCCGCAAGGUUCUCCGAGACCUGGAGGAGCAGCAGGAGCUCCAGGAGGCACUGCAGGCCAAGGUCACGGCGCUGGAGACUGAUCUCAAGCGGAAGUCUCAGAACACGCGUCGUGCGUCUCAGGGCCCCUCAGCUCUGAGCUCCGAGGACGAGGACGGCUUCUUUGACUCCAACAUCACCUCCAUGCUGCACGAGAACCACCUGCAGAACAACAACAGCUAGAACGAGACCACUGUGGGAAAACUCAGUGCAAAAAAACUUGUGGGAUGAGAAGGAGACUCAGGGGCAUGAAGGAUCACCUCGUUUGAAGGACUCUGUAGCCUUGCACCACAGACCUGAAGAGCAGUCGCUCUUAUUCUUAUUUUUAGUGCAUCGGUCCGACGGAGACAAGUCGUCAGGAUAAUUUGGUUUGAGCCUUCGGCUGCGAUUAUGAUUGUGUCUUUGCUGUUUUGUUCUAGCUGUCGUGAGACGUGCUGUUUCUAUGUUUGGACAAAGAGUUAUAAACACAAGGUUUUUACUUCACAGCUUUAAUUCUGUUCAAAUUUACUGUAUGAUACUGUGGUAGCACAUCACUGGGGUUUAUGUUCACAGGUAAUCAGGUAUUUCACCAGUUUUCUUAGAAAUUUUAACCUAUUUGAAACCAAAAAUAUAGAGAUUUUUUUUCUUCUCUAGUUUUGUCUCACUGUUUCCGUCAUUGGUCGUGUUUGUGUUUGCUUGCGCAUGAUAAUUGACAUCUGUCAGUGUUGUUAUAGCUCCAAGUUUUCUUUGUGUAUCACGUGAAAUAUAUGUAUGUAUAUUUUUUACCUUUACUGUGACAGUAACAGCCCGUUUAAACUGAGCCUCCAUUAUUAUUUUUACAGUGUGCUAGCUGUGCAUACCUGUUAGUCAUGACAAUCAAAUAAGCGUACGGUGACACUGUGGAUCCUCAGAGGUUAAUUUACUGCUUUAAUGAUCAUAUUUCUACACGUGGUUCGUUUUGUAUGUGUAUCUUUGUCUAUUCAGCUCGGUUCUCGUGCAUGUUUUCACUCAAUUGCCUUAAAAAAUGAACUUGUAUCUUUAUUUUCACUUAAUGGCGUCACUGCACGUGUUGUGUUUAUAUGCUGCUGCUGCUGCUGUGAUGUUUUCAAUAGUAUUUCACUCUCUCGCCUGUGCUUGCGUCUCCUGUGCGUCAACUUAACUUAAGAAACAUUCCACAUUUCUCCCUGUUGCACCCGGCUGUUAUGAAUAUUGAUUCAUAAUUCCCAAAUGACUUAUUGGUGUUAUUAUAUUUUAAACGUGUCACUUUGAAGAUUUGUAUAAGGGCAAAUUACAAGAACGGCUGCUUUAUAUUUAGAGGUUGUAUAUUGAGCUGCUGGUAACAUUUGAUAUAUGGCAAAGAGUGCACAAUAAAAAAGAGGGACAUUGUAA